CGCAAAUCUUUGGGCUCAACACCCUCUCUCACUUCCGACACAUGUUUUCCGUUAUUUCUCACCUUCUCAUCAAGAUAUCUAAGUCUACAUGAAUUCAUAUAUCGGACCGAUCGUCACGGGCCGGGCCCGGGGCAAUGUAUCCCUGAAGCCUAUAUUUCUGCAGAGGGCUUGCCAACAUAUUCAAUUUGUGGCUGUGUCUAAAAGAGUCCAAGUUAUUCAAUCGCCAGCACGUAUUCACGCCAUUGUUUCCAGUUCCCCCCCUACACGAUAUCCUGCAUCUACACUUGUAUCCCACCGCCCACUGCCUUUACCCUGAAUACCAGGCUUGUGCCUACUUGUCUCCUGGACACUGUCGCAACUUUUAAUGACCCGCGCGAGUCUCAUCCCAGUGGCGUUAUAGCCCCCUUGAAGCUAUAUAUAAAUUCUUUUGUCUUGACUGUCAAUAGAAGUCAUACAAUUGCUGUAAUCGUAAAA